CUGUCUUCACCUGUUCCUCGAGCCUCUGGUGAGCGUUCCUUGAGCAGGAGGAGAUGGCCACCUGCCAGCUCCUGACAUCCUGACUCAUUUUUCCUGAGAACUCAGCAAGUCAGUGUUUCACAGACAAGAGGAAAUCCCUAAACAGCAUGCAGCCCGGAGAGUGGAAAGUUUUGGGUUUUCUGUUUGUUUGUUUGUUUUUGCUGUUGUUGUCUUUGUUUUAUUUUGUUCGUUUGUUUUUCUUUUCUUUUUUCUUUUUUUUAAAUUCCCAGUAUCCCCUUGAGUGUAUUUGACAGCUCGCUCUCCCUGUCAGCGCAAGAUCCCAGUGGAAAUAGCAGCUGGGAGGGCUCUUCCUGCCUAGGGGAGGCUCCUCAGGAAUUAGUGGGAUUUACCAAUCUCCCCCUCUCUCUCCCUGUCCCUUACCGAGGGCCAUGUGCAGCGGCAAGCUGCAGACAGGUUUGCUGGUGGGCAGCUACUUUGUCUACUUGCUGGUGGGCGCAGCCGUGUUCCAGGCGCUGGAGAGGACUGCCGAAAAGCAGCAGAAAAUGGCAGCUGCCCAGAUGAAGGAGGCUUUUCUGCAGAAUUUCACUCAUCUCACAGUGGCAGAGAUGGAGCAGUUUAUGAAGAACCUGACUGAAGCAAUUCAGAAUGGAGUGUACCCUAUUGGAAAUGAAUCGCAGACUGAAAACAGCAACUGGGAUUUCAGUAACUCCUUCUUCUUUGCAGGCACAGUCGUCUCCACAAUAGGUUAUGGCACACUACGUCCUAAAACUGUUGGGGGCCAGAUCUUCUGUGUUUUUUUUGCUCUCUUUGGAAUCCCUCUGAAUAUUGUUUUUCUGCACCGUGUUGGUAAGAUCCUCUCACUGCUGUGUAAAAAGCUGGGGAAAUUCCUGUACGCAAAAGGAAUGAGAAAGAAGAAGAUCAAAUUUCUGACCCUUCUGUUCUUCCUUGUGACUGGGAUCCUCGUGUUCCUGUGCUUGCCGUCACUAUUCUUCCAGAUAACAGAGGGUUGGUCCUACAGUGAAGGAAUUUACUUUGCAUUUAUCACCCUCAGCACCAUUGGCUUUGGAGAUUACGUAGUAGGUAAACAACCUGGCAGGAUUUAUUUUUCCUACUACCGAACACUUGUGGCUAUUUGGAUUCUUUUUGGACUUGCCUGGAUUGCUCUCCUAUUUAAUUUAUUGACAACAGUUCUAGAAGAUACUGAGAAAAUAAUUGUCAAGGACCUUCAUCAAAUUGGAAAGGUAGGUGAGGAUAAUGCAGCAAGCCAACCAAGAAGGUGCUGGCCUGUUCAAUUUAUUCCAGAAGAAGAACUAAUAUCACCAUGUGCUGAAGGGGAUGCCCAGAAAAUGGAGUCAUUAGCAGCAGAGGGUGCACAGGAAAAUGGAGUUAGUAGCAGCAGGUUCUGAACAAACAAAAAUGAAAAAAAAAGUGUUUUCUGAUAGCCAAAAAUACUGGCCAUAUACUGUAGCAUGGACAUUUAAUUCUUCAUUGGAAAUUUGCAUUAUUCUAAAGAAAUUUCCAUGGAAAUUAAAUUUACCCCACCUUUUGCUGAAGUGUGGCCAUUCAGAGCUCAAGACUUUUAGUUGCACAGAAACACAAUAUUAAUGUUAUGAAAUUUGCUCUACAGUUUGCAGCCAUAUUGUGCUAAAACAUUACAAGUGCACCCAUCAUUUUGUGAGGCUUUUUUAAGAUGCUUCCAUGAAAAUGCAAAGAAGGGGUGUGGUAGAGCUUGCUUACUGUAUUUGGGUUUUGCUGCUUGUAAAAAAAGUCACAUAUCUUCUUGGAACUGACAUGUACAAGCUUUUCUGAGUUUCUGCGUAAUACCAGCACCUUUGGAAGAAGAAAUAAGUGCAUAUAACAUGCCUUGAUUUGAGACAUCAUAUAGGAUGAAUUGGCGUGAUCUGAAAGACGUGUUUGAAGCACAAGACCUGGGCUCAGUGCAGAGAUGGAUGAUCAAGGUUAGAAAAAGGAUACCUGUAUUAGAAGUGAUUAAUUCUACAUAUUCCUGGUUUAUGCUGAUGAAUAAAAGCAACUUUGCUUCUUA